CAUGGGAUUGUUAAAUAGGGCCAGGUGCCUGUGUCUUAAAUCACUCUGCUGCUCCAGAGGUAUGGUAUGUAUGAGACAGGCCAUUCUAUAAACAGAGGAAGAGAGACACAUGCAAACAGACACAAGAGCUGGACGUGAAUGAGAGUAGUCUCUACUGAUUUAAGACUAACUGACACAGGACUAAAAGUCUUUGGCUUAUUACAACUUCACUUGGCAGCAUCAUUAGCCGAGCUCUUCGUCAUUGGUAUAACUGAUCAUCUCCCUUAGAGUAAGACCAUGGAGAUGAAUACCCAGGCUCAGGUGUGUGCUACUGUGCUAACAAGGAGGGAAUUUGGUGGGAUCCAUCUUGGCUCUUUUUUUUGUUAUUCUGAAACCUUCUCUCUCCAGGAGAUGCUGUUGAAGCACCAGGAAUGUCUGAAGAUGCAAAGAGAAGCGGUGAAGUUCCGAAUGAAGAAAUUAAGCACAAAGCAAACUGAAAUCACUAAAAAGUCAUCAGCAAUGAGGGAGAGUAUAAGGAAGAAGUAUGAGGACAUCCAGAGGGUUCUGGAUGAGGACCUGGGGAUGACUCUAACCCACCUAGAGAUGGAGGAGAGAGCUGCAGUCACAGCCCUGGAGGACCUGAUGGAGAAGAACUGCACCAUCAUUCAGGAGAUAGAGCAGGAUCUGGCCAGGCUCACAGCUGAGCUGGCCCAGAAGGACUUUCUACUGCCUUAUUCACUGGACACUGAGAUAGUUGGCAGAGUGAUAGAUCUGCUGAGCAGGACAGAUCCCAGCAAAGUGAACUUGGAUGAGCCUAAAGCUGACCAGAUCCUCAGCCUCACCAACAACAUGCUGCUACUCAUACGCUCCCAGACCCCCAUCACCAAGAGACUCAUCAAGAGCUAUUCCACAGAGGUUUCCCUGGACCCAGAGACAGCGCACCCUAAGCUGAUAAUUUCCCCGCGCGGUGACAGUGCCACCUACACAGACACCUGGCAGGAACUACCAGAGCUCCCGGGCCGCUUUGACACCACCCUCAACGUGAUCAGCCUGCAGGGCUUCAGCUCUGGGCGUCACUACUGGGAGAUAGACGUGGCUGGUAAGACGUACUGGGAGCUGGGCCUCACCUACCCCACCAUCUCCCGCAAGGGCCAAGCUGAGGACUGUUGGCUGGGCCGUGGCUCUGAUUCCUGGGCUGUGGAGUUCUUUGAUGGGGAGUACACAGCCUGGCACAGUGGGGUGCCCCACCAGCUGCCUGUCACAAAACACUUCAGCCGUAUUGGGGUGCUAUGUAGUUUCCCAGGGGGACUGGUGUCUUUCCUGGGGGCGGACAGCAUGACCCCUCUGUUCUCGUUCUGCGCAGGGGCUUUCAGGGACUGUCUCCACCUGGCGCUGUGCUCAGGUCACGAUCACAAUGGUACAAACACCAAACCCAUUGUGAUCUGUAACGCACCUCCACCUCCUAGUGCUUUCCAGAGUGCCCAGGAAUGCUGACUCUGCUCCUUAUGAUGCUCCUACUGACUCUUAAAGGCUUUAUCAUUGGAUCAUCAGCAUUUAGUCAGCGAUGUUAUUUGACAAUUUCUCAUGUUGCUGCUCUUUUAUCUAUACAAGUACUUAAAUAUGCAUUAUGUAAUCUAUUAAUGACUGGAUUUAAGGUGCUGUUUCGAGGUAGAAGGGGAGGAUCAAGAUCCUUUUAAAUUUAUUGUGGUUCCAGUUUUAGAGAAGUCCAUAUCUUUCUAACCAAAGUAUUAGUGGUUUUAGCUAUCAAAUAAAUAUAUAUAUUAUGCUGCUCUGUAAACCAGACAGGGCCACAGAAGGAAGAUUUGCCGUAAAAUAAACUUCAUGCCCCUGGAGAGUAGCCUACACAGCUAACAUGUGAUGUGAAUCCAAAGUCUACACUCAAACAAAAAACAAUCUCUCUUUGUAAAUAGGAUCUCUGAGCUCUAAUGGUAAUAUCCAAUAGUAAAUGACUAAUCCUAUGUGCUAACUAUAUUUUCACAAACAAUCUAGGUCAGUGUUGCCUGAAUUGAUGAAUCACUUACUGUUAGAGUUGCAG